GCGCGGCACCUGGCGACAAAAUGGCUGCCCGAGGGAGACGGGCGGAGCCUCCGGGCCGGGAGGCGCCGGGCCCCGCGGGCGGCGGCGGCGUCGGGAGCCGAUGGGCUGAGUCGGGGCCCGGGACGUCGCCCGAGAGCGGGGACGAGGAAGCGUCGGGCGCGGGUUCUAGCCCAGUGUCGGGCGGUGUGAACUUGUUCGCCAACGACGGCAGCUUCCUGGAGCUGUUCAAGCGGAAGAUGGAGGAGGAGCAGCGGCAGCGGCAGGAGGAGCCGCCCCCGGGCCCGCCGCGACCCGACCAGCCUGCUGCCGCCGCUGCCGCCGCGGGCCCUGGGGAUCUGAAGAGGAAGGGCGGCCCGGGCCCCACGCUCAGCUUCGUGGGCAAGCGCAGAGGCGGAAACAAACUAGCCCUCAAGACGGGAAUAGUAGCCAAGAAGCAGAAGACGGAGGAUGAGGUAUUAACAAGUAAAGGUGACGCGUGGGCCAAGUACAUGGCAGAGGUGAAAAAGUACAAAGCCCAUCAGUGUGGCGAUGAUGAUAAAACUCGGCCCCUGGUGAAAUGACCCCCUUCCCCCGCCUGCCUACGGCCUGGGACUCUCUGCGAUGUACAUAACUAUUUAAUGCAGCGGCAGCGGCGGCAGCCUUUCCCCCCAAGGACUUCUACACAGAAGGAAAUCGAGAUGCUUCCCGCAGCCGCGGAUGAUUCUCCAGGACUCUUUUUUACCUUGAGCACUUGCCUCCUGAGACUUCUAGAACAGUGGUUUACUGUCCCCUCUCCUCCCACCUCCUCGCUCUCUCUGGCUCUUUCUGUCUUCCUCACCCCCAACCCCACCCCACCCCUCCUUAGCCAUCACUUCUGGGAAGUAAAGAACUUGACUUAGUGCCGGA